AUGGUAACCACAGCGCCCGCCCUCUCUCUCCUAUUGGCCUUGAUGGAGUGGGCUGGGCCGGCGAGCCCCUCCCCUCACCUCUUGCUCCGCCCGCGGGAGCGUGAGAGGGACCCGGUGACGUCCAUGAAUUUUAACAUUGCCGUGAUCCACGCCGGGUCCAGCGCGCAGUCGGAGGCGGCGGUACCCGGAGCCCCCGACAGCGGGCGGGUACUGUACCCGGGGUUCGGACGCGUCCACAGCAGCUUCGGCAAAAGCGUGGUCACUCACUGGGGAUCUGCCAACGUCAUCUGGCUACAGGUCAGUCGUCUGAACGGAAAGCGGACCGGCUCUGAAUUAGAACGCUGUUUUGUUGCCGUUUCUCAGGUGAACGACAGCAGCCCCCGGACCCUGCUCUCUCAGCUGUGUGACCUGUUGGCUGCCAGGCCCUUACAGGGGCUGGUCUACGAGGACGAGCGGCCCCUGCCCCUGUCGUCCGGCCCCCUGGCCCCCAUGCUGGAGUUCGUCUCCGCCCAGACCGGCCUCCCCAUCGUGGCCGUCGGAGGGGGAGCGGGGCUCGGGAGAGUACCGCAGGAAUCAGGUUCCAUCUUCCUGCAGUUCAGCGCCUCCACAGCCCUUCAGCUGGAGGUGAUCUUCGAGGUUUUGGAGGAGUACGACUGGACGGCGUUCUCCGUGGUGUCCACGCGUCACCACGGUUACCAGGACUUCCUGUCGGUGGUGGAGGGGCUGACAGACGGCUCGUUUAUCGGGUGGGAGAAGAAAAGCGUGGUGAUGCUGAACCUAACCGACGACCCGGGGGGAUCACGAACACGCAGGCUUCUGAAGGAGAACGAGGCUCAGGUGAGGCUGUUGUAUUGUUCUCAGGAGGAGGCGGAGCAGGUUUUUGUUGCGGCCUGGGCGGCGGGUCAGGCCAGCGCGUCUCACAUGUGGUUCGCUGUGGGUCCGGCGCUGUCUGAACUGGGCCAGCAGGGGCUUCCCAGUCGCCUGUUCGCCAUCCGGCCGCAGGGCUGGCGGGACGAGCCCCUCAGACGCAUCGCCCGCGGCGUCUCCGUCCUCACGCACGGAGCCGUGGCCUUGCGCAAAGACUACGGUGCCUCGGGAGGACCAAACUUCGUCACUAACUGUCAGACGGACGGAAACCGCACACAGAGGAUCCGCGGGAGGAUGAAGUAUUUCAGUAAUAUCACCCUGGGUGGGCGGGACUACUCCUUUAAUAGCGAGGGCUACCUGGCCAAUCCGUUUUUAGAUGUCAUCUCCUACACGCCGGGGAACGGCUGGGAGGACGUAGGAUGGUGGGAGAACGGAGUUCUACGCUUACGUUACCCAGCCUGGUCCCGGUACGGUCCAUUUCUGCAACCCCCCGACGACGCCCAGCACCUGCGCGUGGUCACCCUGGAGGAGCGCCCGUUCGUCAUCGUGGAACUGGCCGACCCCGCCUCGGGCACCUGCAUCCGCGACUCCGUCCCCUGCCGACGACCCCAUAACGCCAGGUCAGAGGGCGUGGCACCCUUGAAGCAGUGCUGUAAGGGCUUCUGUAUCGACAUCCUCAAACGACUGGCCAAAAUGGUGGGAUUCACCUACGACCUCUACUUAGUGACCAAUGGGAAACACGGCAAGAAGAUCGACGGGGUGUGGAAUGGCAUGGUGGGAGAGGUGGUGUACAAACGUGCCGACAUGGCGAUUGGCUCCCUGACCAUCAACGAGGAGAGGUCAGAGGUCGUUGACUUCUCCGUGCCCUUCGUGGAGACGGGCAUCAGUGUCAUGGUUUCCCGCAGCAAUGGGACAGUGUCACCCUCCGCCUUUCUCGAACCCUACAGUCCUGCUGUGUGGGUGAUGAUGUUCGUCAUGUGCCUGACGGUCGUCGCGGUAACUGUCUUCAUCUUCGAGUUCUUCAGUCCUGUGGGAUACAACCGCAGUCUUCAGAGUGGCAAGAAGGCAGGAGGUUCGAAGUUCACCAUAGGGAAAUCGAUCUGGCUGCUCUGGGCUCUGGUCUUCAAUAACUCUGUUCCAGUUGAGAAUCCCAAAGGAACGACCAGUAAGAUCAUGGUGCUAGUGUGGGCCUUCUUCGCCGUCAUCUUCCUGGCCAGCUACACGGCCAACCUGGCCGCCUUCAUGAUCCAGGAAGAGUAUAUCGACACUGUGUCAGGCCUCAGCGACAAGAAGUUCCAACAUCCAACGGAGCAGUACCCCCCUCUGAAGUUUGGCACGGUGCCAAACGGGAGUACAGAAAAGAAUAUUCGGAGUAAUUACCCCGACAUGCACCAGUAUAUGAUGAAAUACAACCAGAGAGGAGUGGAGGACGCCAUUACCAACCUCAAGACUGGUAAACUGGAUGCCUUUAUCUACGACGCGGCAGUGCUGAACUACAUGGCGCGUAAAGAUGAGGGCUGUAAGGUCAUGACCAUCGGUUCGGGGAAAGUGUUCGCCACCACGGGCUACGGCAUCGCCCUGAUCAAAAACUCGCGCUGGAAACGACCUCUUGACCUCGCCCUCCUGCAGCUGGUUGGGGACGAUGAGAUAGAGAUGCUGGAACGACUGUGGUUGUCCGGUAUCUGUCACAACGACAAAAUUGAGGUGAUGAGCUCCAAACUGGACAUAGACAACAUGGCGGGCGUCUUUUACAUGUUACUGGUGGCUAUGGGACUGAGUUUACUGGUCUUCGCUUGGGAGCACCUCGUCUACUGGAGGCUACGACACUGCAUGAGUCACAUGGGCCAGUCCGGAAAACUGGACUUUCUCCUGGCUUUCAGUCGGGGAAUGUACAGCUGCUGUAUCUUUGAAGAUGAAACCGCCCCGGGCGGUGCCAAAGUCACAGCCCCCGCCCACCACCACACCCAAAUGGUCCCAGCCCCGCCUUCGUCCCACGUCGUCACGACAGCCGUUACCAGCCCUGCCAUCGCCAUAGCAACACAGCAACAGCAGCAACAACAGCAGCAGCAGCAGCAGCAGCAGCCGCCGCAGACGUACAAAACACCUUUACCUGGAUCUCCGCCCCCCGCCGUCGUGCACUCUGGCUCCGCCUUAGGCCCCUCCAACACGCCCCUUCUGGGUGCCCCCUUGCCCUGCUCCACCUUCCUGCCCCGCCCGGACCGCAGGUUGGCUGUGGUGGAAAGGUGGAGGCUCCCCAAAACCACGACCUCCGCCACUCCCAUGGGCGUGAGGGGGGCCAUGUCUGACCUUCCCUUCCCCCAGAAAGUGGCUCCCACCUGGGCAGGAGGUGCAGGAGGUGCAGGAGGAGGCGGCGGCGGCGGCACAGGGGGUCUGGACGGAUACAAACGAUAUUACGGCCCCAUCGACCCUGAAGGCCUGGGAGCGUGUGUGGACCAGCAAACGGGCUCCCAAACCCCCAAGACGGCCCCCAGGGGGGUGAAGUCUUUGGGGACGCCGAGGGGGCUCCCCCCGAAAAGCCAGGCGCCUCUCCCACCGGCACCCCUGACUCCCAACCCUCCGAUCCCGCACCCCUCUCCCCCUCUCCCCUCAUCCUUCUGGAAAAAACGACGGCCCAAGAAGACGAAAGAACCCGGCGGGCCGCUUUACGAAAACAUCCUGCCCCUGGGGAGGAGAGGGGGACCGAGGGACGGGGGCAGGGACGGGGUGGGAGGGGGUCGAAGGUCGCGGCCGUCGCCCCCCCUCCCGAUACCCGUGCCCGUCCCUCCACUGUCGCCGACGUACACCCCUCCAUCUCCCUCUCCUUCGCUCCCGUACACCUCCACGUCAUCCUCCUCUUCCUCCACGAGCUCGUCCACCACUUCGUCCGCCACCUCAUCUCGCUCCACGUCUCCGACCUCCACGUCCACGACGUCGUCACGCAGCACAAGAGACAGAGAGGCGGAGGAGGACGAGGAGGAGGAUCUGGACGAGCUGACGGAGGAGUCCAGCCUCCUGCACGGACACAACAGGGAACGGGAGAGAGAACGCUCCAUACUUUCGCCCAGAUCUCUCACUCACGGGCCUCCGCCCCCGCCCAUACCUCCGCGCAAGCCCCGUGGCUCGAGAGGAGAGAGAGAGCGAGAAAGAGAUAGAGAGCGGGAGAGAGGAGGUAGCCAGUUAGCGCAGCUCCAGGAGUGGUGGGCAGGAUGGGGGGAUAGAGAGAGAGACAGGAGCGUAGGAGGUGGUGAGGCAGAGAGGAAGAGAGAGAGGAAACGACGGAAAGACAGGGAGAAAGAGAAAAAGAAGAAGAAGAAAAAGAACAAGAAGAGGAAAAAGAGGGAGGAGCGCGAAAGAGAGAGAGAAAGAGAGAGGAAACGUAGAAAAGUGAAAAAGAAAAAG